AAUAAGUAUACGCCACGCUUAUCGCCAAGAGUUUGUGCUCAGUUUUCGCACUAAGCUUUUAUUAAGCUUUUGCGCAUGCUAUCAACUUGAGCUUUGCAACAGUUUUCAAUACAAACGCUAAGCAGACACUACACACGAACAAUAACUGAGCUGAGCUGAACUGAGGAUGUAUCAAAGUUCCUGGCUAUUACUACUAGCAGCUGUAUGCUGUUGGCUCUGCUGUCCUGGCAGUCGAGCUGAUGUGGGUAAGCUCGUUUGCUACUACGAUGCAGCGAGCUUUGCGCGCGGUGGUCCAGCGCAGCUGUCGCUGCAUGAACUGGAGCCAGCGCUGCAGUUUUGUAAUGUUUUAGUUUAUGGCUAUGCGGGCAUUGAUGCGCAGAGCUAUGGCAUCAAAAGUCUCAAUCCCGAGUUGAGCUAUAACAGACAGCAUUAUAAUCAGAUAACAGCGCUGCGUCAAAAGUUUGCACACUUGAAGAUUUUGCUAGCCGUGGGCGGUGAUCGAGAUUUGAACGCAGAGCUUGAGCCAGAUACAGCCAAGUACUUGAGCUUGCUGGAGCAGCCAGACAGACGCAAUAGCUUCAAGGUAAGCGCUGCCAAUGAGCUGAGCAAGUAUGGCUUUGAUGGGCUGGACUUGGCUUGGCAGUUUCCCAAGACGCGUCCCAAGCUGCAGCAGGGCGCACUUAAGCGCGCCUGGAGCUCGGUUAAGGGCUGGUUUAGCAGCAGCAGCAUUGAUGCGCAGGCGGAGCAGCAUAAAGAGCAGUUUGCUAGCUUUAUAAGAGAGCUGCGCUUGGAGCUGCAGCGUCAUGGCAAACUGCUGACAGUCAGCAUGUUGCCACAUGUGGAUGCAGCACUCUUUAUAGACAUACCCGCCAUAAUGAGCUUUGUGGACUUUGUUAGCCUGGGCACUUAUGAUUUCCAAACGCCAGCGCGUGAUCCAAAGCAGGCGGAUCUGCCUGCUGCACUCUAUCCCAUGUACGAUCGCGACGCCACACACAAUGUGCAACAACAACUCGAAUAUUGGCUUAAUCAAACUGCAAAUGCGCAGCAGCUGCUCAUCAGCAUUCCCAGCUAUGGACGCGCUUGGCAAAUGACGCCUGAAUCCGGCAUUACAGGCUUUCCGCCUAUAGCUGCAACUGCAGGCGGCGUGCCAGAUGGCAAACGCUCUGGUCAGCCGGGCUUGCUUAGCUGGCCCGAGAUUUGUGUGCUGCUGCAGCAGCAUGUGGGCCAAGGCAAGGAUACAGGCACUGAGCAUUUGCGCAAGGUAGGCGAUCCAACCAAACGUUAUGGCAUCUAUGCUUAUCGCGCUGCGGGCGACAAUGGCGAACCAGGCAUAUGGGUUGGUUAUGAAGAUCCAAGCACAGCCGCCAUUAAGGCCAGUUUUGCUCAAGCGCAAGGACUUGGCGGCGUUGCGCUGCACGAUUUAACGCUUGAUGAUUUUCGUGGGCAGUGUGCAGGUGAAAAGUUUCCUAUACUAAGAAGCAUCAAGUAUAAGCUCUAAUAAAGUCUAAAGUCAAUUGAACUUUGCGUGCGCCCCAAAGCAUGCAACAAAUA